AUGUUUACACAUUCUAUUUCAGAAACUGGAGAAUCUGCAAAUAUAGAUUGGAAGGAGCAGGUUUACCAAGAGAUUCAAAGGAUGAAUAGUGCCUAUUUUUCAAAAGUUCAUUUCUCUUACCAACAGAUGAACAGGGUACUUCAACAGCUUGUGUCUUCUCCUCAAGGAUCAAAUACAAAUAUUUUCGAAAAACUGAGAAAGACGAUGAAAAAAAUAGAAGUUGUUUUGGCACUCUUCAGAUUGAAGAAAUGCCAAAUAACCACUGAUACCAAGAAGAUUCUAGAUGAAGCAGAAAAGUUUAUACAAACUAGUUUUUUUUCAAGGAAUGUUUCUUCCAAUCAUCAAGGACUAAAACAUUUAGCUGAUGAGCAAUCCAGGAAACAAUCUGGUCCAUCACAUUCUAGUAUUUCCCCAUUGGAAAUAAUUGAAACGAAACAAUCACAACAAGCAUUGGGAAAACAGAACUACGAUAUACGGAAGGAUGUUUCUCAGGAAAACAAGCCAUGCUUAAAAGAGCAGCAAGUGAAAAAAAUCGAAACGAAACCAUUACCUCAAGCAUUGGGCACACAGAACUCUCAUAUAUGGAAGGAUCUUUCUCAAGAAAACAAGCCAUGCUUGAAAGAGCAGCAAGUGAAAAUAAUGGAAACGAAACCAUUGUCACAAGCAUUGGGAACACAAAACUCUUAUAUAUGGAAGGAUGUUUCUCAGCAAAACAAGGCAUGCUUAGAACAGCAGCAAGUGAAAAAGAUGGAAACAAAACCAUGGCCACAAGCAUUGGGAACACAGAACUACCAUAUACGGAAGGAUGUUUCUCAGGAAAACAAGCCAUGCUGGAAAGAGCAGCAAGUGAAAAAAAUGGAAAGGAAACCAUCACCUCAAGCAUUUGGCACACAGAACUCUCGUAUAAGGAAGGAUGUUUCUCAGGAAAACAAGCCAUGCAUAAAAGAGCAGCAAGUGAAAAUAGUGGAAACGAAACCAUUGCCACAAGCAUUGGGAACACAGAACUCUCAUAUAUGGAAGGAUGUUUCUCAGCAAAACAAGCCAUGCUUAAAAGAGCAGCAAGUGAAAAUAAUAGAAACGAAACCAUCACCACAACCAUUGGGAACACAGAACUCUCAUAUAUGGAGGGAUGUUUCUCAGCAAAAGAAGCCAUGCUUGAAAAUAAUGGAAACGGAACCAUUACCACAACCAUUGAGAACACAGAACUCUGAUAUAUGGAAGUAUGUUUCUCAGCAAAACAAGCCUUGCUUAAAAGAGCAGCAAGUGAAAAUAAUAGAAACGAAACCAUCGCCACAAGCAUUGGGAACACAAAACUAUCAUACGUGGAAGGAUGUUUCUCAGCAAAACAUGAUAUGCUUAAAAGAGCAGCAAGUGGAAAAACAAUAUACCAAUUCCUCACAGCAUGUAGAUCAAGUUUCUAUCAUGAAAGGCCCUGACAAUGCCGAACAGAAGCAAGCCCAAGGUGCAGGGAAAGCAAGUGAAGCAUUUAGUGUCAGAGUCAACAGUCCGGGCAUUUCAGCUUCACCCUUGACCGAAAACUGCAAUAAGCUUGAAGAAAUUUCUCGUAAAUCUAACCUGACUUUUGAUGAGCCAAGUGCUGAAAUGAAGCACAUUCUUAAAGUGUUAGCCGUCAUAUCACCUGAAGCAUUGAGUGCAUCAGUUAAUGAAAUUAGAGAGGCAGUUUAUUGGAAUGAUGUGCCGCCAACUCCAGAGUUCUUAAAUGGACCACCAAAGAUGGUUCAACAACAAAACCAACCAGGCCUCAUUGCACAAACUGGGAAAAGUUUUGCAUCAGAUAUUGAGCCAUUUUCACAAGCUAGAUAUGUGACUUGGCAUGGUUUUUUUCCAACUGGUUGGAAAAGGUCUCACAGCAUGAAAACAGACCAGUUGUCUGAUGCUGAGGAACCUGACUGGACUUCACUCGCAUAUGAAAAAAAGAAGCCUAGAAUUAUGGAAAAUUCUUCUCUUUUAGAAGAAAUAAAGGAGAUCAACAAUCGAUUGGUAGACAGUGAGAUUGUUGUUGGAGGAAAUUACAGCUUUCUUGAAGCGCCGGGAGUAGCUGCUGAAGCUAGUGAAGGGUUGGUUAUCGAAUUCCUUUUCAAUGCAGAAACUGUCAAUAAGAACCUACUAUUUCAUAUUUCUGCUGAUAAAAAGUCAAUAGUCAAACCAUUAAGGCUGUUCGUUCCUACAGAUUAUCCAACUUCCUCGCCUGUUAUUGUAGACCAACAGAUGUCAGAAGUCAGCACUGAAGACCAGAAAGACCUAUCAACAAUAGCAAAAUCAAAGCUGAGAUGCUCUCUGAGAUGCUUGGAUCAGACAUGGUCACUUGAGGAUAUGGCAAUGUUAUGGGAACAUUGUGUCAGAGAAACACUUAUUGAGUGUGCAAAAGGCUUUGGAGGAGGAACUUUUAGCUCAAUAUAUGGAGAGUGGAAAAAUUAUCAAAAUGAAGUCUAAAUUAAGGCUUAUAGUAAAUCAAUCAUAUACAUUUUUGUUAUGCCAAGGUAUGUCUUCAAUGGACUCAUGUGUCAUGUAUAUAGUAUAUAUAGUAUAAUAGUACAGCUCUACAGUAGAAUAUGAAAGUUUGUUGGAAGCUUUAGAGUCAAGUUGAUAAAAAACCUUCAGUUUUGUCCAUGUGAAGAA